GUCAUGCAAAGACAGUCAUCGGUAGAAAUAUUGAAUAAUCGUUUGAGGCUUAAAACCUCAAUUGACUGUGUUCGUUGGCUUGCAUAUCAAUCAUGUUCUUUUCGAGGCCAUGAUGAAGGCCCAACGUCAAAAAAUUCAGGUAAUUUUCGCGAGAUGGUGAAGCUUUUGGCAAAUUAUAAUGAAAAAAUAGCUGCAACUGUUUUAGAUAAAGCUCCUCCCACUGCCAAGUACAUCUCUCCGACAAUUCAAAAGGAGAUAUUGCAUAUUAUUGCUUCUAAGGUGAGAAAUAAAAUUCGAGAAGAUAUUGGUGACUCUAAGUUUUGUAUUCUUGUUGAUGAGGCACGAGACGAAUCCAAAAAGGAACAAAUGGCUCUUGUUUUAAGAUUUGUUGAUAAAAUAGGUGUUCUCCAAGAACGUUUCUUUGAUAUCGUAAGCGUCAAAGACACAACUUCGUUGACUCUUAAACAUGAACUUUCAACAAUUUUUUCUCAUCAUGCUUUAAGUAUUGAUAAUCUUCGAGGGCAGGGUUAUGACGGUGCAAGCAAUAUGCGUGGCGAAUGGAACGGAUUACAAGCAUUAUUUUUGAAAGAUUGUCCGUAUGCAUAUUACGUACAUUGUUUUGCUCAUCGACUUCAGUUGGCAUUAGUGGCGGCAUCAAGAGAGGUAAUUCUUGUUCAUCAAUUUUUUUCAAAGUUGGACACCAUUGUAAAUAUUGUGGGCGCUUCUUGUAAGAGAACCGGUGAGUUAAUUACUGCACAACAAGCUGAAAUUUCUCGUUUGAUAUCUAUUAAUGAAUUUGAAACUGGUAGUGGAGCUAAUCAAAUUGGCAAUUUACAACGAGCUGGAAAUACUCGUUGGGGUUCCCACUUUUCUUCUGUGUGUAGCUUGAAGAAAAUGUUUAGUGCUACUGGGAGUGUGCUUCAAACCAUUAUAUCUGAUGGAGCAAAUUAUUCCCAACGCGGUGACGCUGAUUCUGCUUAUACUGCCAUGACAUCUUUUCAGUUUGUUUUUAUCUUACUCUUGAUGGAAAGGAUAAUGGGAGUUACUGAUGUUCUUUGUCAAGCUUUGCAACAACGAUCCCAAGACAUAUUGAAUGCUAUGCAUUUAGUCUCAACAACAAAACAACUUCUUCAAAAUUUGAGGGAUGAUGGGUGGAAUAGUUUUUUAAAUGAUGUUAAUUUAUUUUGCCAAAGUAAUGAAGUUGAGAUGCCUGAUAUGAAUUCUACUCAUAAAGUAGGUCGGGGGAAGUCGAUUCACCAGCCACGAGAUACUAAUAUCACGAUGGAGCAUCAUUUUCAUUUUGAUAUAUUUGUGACUACCAUAGACACACAGAUGAAAGAGUUAAAUUGCAGAUUUAAUGAGCAAACAAUGGAACUUUUAACUCUUAGUUGUGCUUUGGACCCAAGUGAUUUCACAGAACAAGAUAGGCUCCUCCUGAAGUUUCAAUUGCAGCAUUAUCAUCUUGACAUGACUAAGCAUCAAGACCUAUGUCAUUUGUCUACUCUUGCAGCACUAUGCGAAGGAUUAACAAAGACGGGAAAAUCCAAAGUAUAUUAUCUAGUUGAUAGGUUGAUUCGUUUGAUCUUACUUCUUCCGGUGUCUACUGCUACCACAGAACGAGCUUUUUCUGUUAUGAAGCUUACCAAAACUAGAAUUCGGAACAAAAUGGAAGAUGGGUUCCUUGGAGAUUGCAUGCUUCUACAUAUUGAAAGGGAAAUUGCUGAUCUUUUUAGUACAGAUUCCAUAAUAGAUGAAUUCUAUUCGAAGAAAAAACGUAGAGCACAACUUAAAUGAUGUAUUAUUUUGGACGUAUUUAUUUGAAGAUUUGGUUUAUUGUCAAAAAAAAAAAUUAAACCACAUUUAUUUAUUUAUUUAUUUUUAUAUUGUUUAUAUUUUCAUUAUUUUUAUCAUACGUUCAGCCCCCCCACCUAAAUGUCUCACGGUCCG